AUGGGGCCCAAUGAAGAGACUGAUGUGGUGACCUAUGAGGAUGUGCAUGUGAACUUCACUCCUGAAGAGUGGGCUUUGCUGGAUCAUUCCCAGAAGAGUCUCUACAAAAAUGUGAUGCUGGAAACCUAUUGGAACCUCAUUUCUAUAGGGUUCAAAUGGAAAGACCAUAAUAUUGAAGAACAUUGUCAGAGCUCUAGAAGAAAUGGAAGGUAUGUCAUCUGUCAUUCUGGAUACAAGGCGUGUGAGCAUAAGGGACAUGCAAAGAAGCAUUGUACUUCUGUCUUUCGCAGAAAAGUUGGAAGAUGUGUAGUAGUCCCCUCUAUGAGAAGACAUGAUGACUGUGAUACAAGUUUACAAUUAAUUGGUUUUUCAACUUCAGGGGGAAUUCAUCAACAAACUCACAUUGAAGAAAAACCUUAUGAGUACCAGGAAUAUGGAAAUUCAUCUCUCUGUACUGGUUCACUGUGCACAUGUAGUGUGGCUCACAGUAUAAGAAAAUGUUCUGAAUGCAAUCAGUGUGGUCACAUCCUCAGUUCUUCAAGUUCUCUUCAAAGAUGUGAAAAAACUCAUGUGGGAAGAGAAAAUAAUAAAUGUGAGUCAUCUACUAAAGGCUUUAGGCCUGACAGGCAUCGUCAAACACACCGAACAACCAAUAACGAAGAGGCUCUCUAUGAAUGUAAUCAACAUGAUAAAGCCUUUAGAUCUGACUCCUCUUUAAAAGUACACCGAAGAACUCAUUUAGAAGGAAAACUCUAUGAAUCUAAUCAAAGUUAUAAAGCCUUUGAAUGUCACAGUCUUCAUCAAGUACAUAGAAUUCAAGCUAAAGAGAAAAAGUAUGAAUACUCUCAAUGUGAUAAAUCCUUUGAAUGUCCCACUAACCUUCAAAUAUAUAAUAGAAGUCAUACUGGAGAGAAAUCUUAUGAAUGUAAUCAAUGUGGCAAAGCCUUUGCAUAUAACAGUCAUCUUCUCACUCAUCUAAGAAGUCAUACUGGAGAGAAACCCUAUGAAUGUAAUCACUGUGGUAAAGCCUUUGCACGGAAGAAGAAUCUUCUCUGUCAUGAAAAAAGUCAUACUGGAGAGAAACCCUAUAAAUGUAAUCAAUGUGGUAAAACCUUUGCAGAGAAGUAUAUGCUUCUCAGUCAUGAAAGAAUUCAUACUGGAGAGAAACCCUAUAAAUGUAGUCAAUGUGAUAAAGCCUUUUCAAGGAAGAGUAAUCUUCUCAACCAUGAAAGAAUUCAUGCUGGAGAGAAACCCUAUGAAUGUAAUCACUGUGGUAAAGCCUUUGCACAGAAGAGUAAUCUUCUCAUUCAUGAAAGAAUUCAUACUGGAGAGAGACCCUAUGAAUGUAAUCUAUGUGAUAAAGCUUAUGUAUCGAAGAGUAGUCUUCACAGUCAUGCAAGAAGUCAUAAUGGAGAGAGACCCUAUGAAUGUAAGCAAUGUGGUAAAACUUUUGUACAGAAGAAUAGUCUCCAAAUUCAUGAAAGAAUUCAUACUGGAGAGAAACCCUAUGAAUGUAAUCAGUGUGGUAAAGCCUUUGUCCAGAAAAGUACUCUUCAUAGUCAUGAAAUAAUUCAUACUGAUAAGAAACCCUAUGAAUGCAGUGAAUGUGGUAAAACCUUUGCAGAGAAGAAGAAUCUUCUUGGUCAUGAAAGAAAUCAUACUGGAGAGAAACCUUAUGAAUGCAAUCAAUGUGGUAAAGCCUUUGCACUGAAGAAAUAUCUUCUUAGCCAUGAAAGAAUUCAUAGUGGACAGAAACCCUAUGAAUGUAAUCAAUGUGGUAAAGCAUUUGCAACAAAGGGUUAUCUUCUUAAUCACAAAAGAAUUCAUACUAAAUAGUACCAUAUGGAUAUAAUCAAUAUGGUAAUAAGAUGUGAGCUGCCAUGUGAGUGCUAGAAACUGAACUGUGUUUUCUACAAGAGGUACUUGCUGGAGUCCAAUCCAUAGGGGUUCAGGUCCUAAAGAGGAAAUUGGUUGUCACCAAAAGGAGACUGCCAUGAUCUGAGCAUGAGUCAGCAUAGCUGCUGCUUUAUUGAAAAAGGACUACACCUUUUCUAUGCUAUAACUGAAUAUUAGUUUAGACUCAAGCAAGAUUGUAAGCAGACUUACUGAUUCCAGGAUAAAAGCAGGCAUCAACUUCAUCACAGCAUUUUUCCUGAGACAAAAAGUGAUAGUUCCACCAAGUAUCUAAAGGCCUUUCUGGAUGUGAGCCCAUUAUUUCCUUUUGUAGUGUGCUCUUAUCCCUGGGACCAGGUGUAUCCAGUUAGUGCAUCUUUAAGUUCUCUGUUCUUGGUAAUCAGGGGAACAAAAUGAGCAUUCUUGUGUGAGAGUAGGCAUAUUUAUCAUGCUAUGUGAUUCCAUGGUGAUGGGGAUUAUUCAAUAAUUUUUUUUUUUGAAGAGACUGCCUGUGUAUACAUUCCUAUCCUCUACUGAAGCCCACAAAAAAAAAAUAUUUCCCACAGGAAAAAUGCAUAAGGAGACUUCAUAAUAUAUAAUGGGAAUUAUUAAAUAAAUUAUUAA